CACACACACACACACACACACACACAAAGAGACACACCAUCCUCACUCAGCCUUCAACUGAUAUGAGUGAGGCGGACUGAGCGCGUGAAAGGCCUGAUUUCCGCUCGCGCGCGCUGCGGAAACUGCAGCAGCAGCAGCAUCUCACCAUACAUUUUCUUCCUCCGCGCGGAUCCGCGAGCGCUGUGAUGUGAUGUGAAUAUUAAUGAUGCUACAUGACCAGUGCGCGCUCACUCCCACCGUCUCCAUCUCUGGAAGAGUAUUUAACAGAGAGCAGCAUGGCAGAGUUUCCUGCUGAACUAGACAUGCCAAGGGAGCGAGAGGGCGAUGCCUCACAUACCCCCAAUCGUCCUUCACUGGCUCUGUGGAGUAGGAUGUGGAGAGCAUGCAUCACCGCUGGAGCAUUUCUCCUCCUAUACACACUUUCUCAAGUUAUAGGUCUGUGGAUUUUAUACAUGCUGAACGGAUACAGAGUUUUCCCAGCAGCACACAAAGUGUUGGACCUCCUGCAGUAUCUUCUGUCAACUACUGACUCCUCUGACCAACAGGUGGAGAUUUGGAGAGUUGAGAGUGUGUGUCCACUUUUAGCAACACUGUUCCUCGGGGUGGUGAUCCUUGGUACUGGAGCAUUAUUCUGUAUUAGAACUUUGGUACCCGGAAGCUCCGCUGGCUUUCCUGAAGAUCGACGUCAAUCUAUGAGCAGACAGCCGUCCUUCACAUACUCAGAGUGGACUGAUGUCAAGCAGGAGGAUUUCUAUGAUCUGGAUGCCGUUCCAGAGACACCUGUGUUUGACUGCUUUAUGGAUAUGAAGACAGAAGCUGACCCUACUACACUUACAGUUAAACCUGUGGGGCUGCAGGAAAGGAGAGGCUCAAAUGUGUCACUGACUCUGGACAUGUGCACUCCCGGCACCACAGAGCCAUAUGGAGCGCUGUUGUCUCCUCGAGAGCAGAGCACACAGGAAUACCUGGAGAAGGCGUCAAAUCCCCUCACACCCAGACAGCUGCACAUGCGUGCUUUGGACGACGCUGUGCUACAAUCUGAGUUCUACGAGACCCCUAUGAACUUUGUGGACCCAAAGGAAUAUAGCAUCCCAGGUGUGGUGAGGAAAAAUCGCUAUAAAACUAUUUUGCCCAACACACACAGUAGAGUUUGCCUUCAAUCAGCAGACGAGGACUUUCUCAGCACUUACAUCAACGCCAACUAUUUGAAGGGCUAUGGUGGGCAGGAGAAGGCGUACAUCGCCACACAAGGUCCCACUGUUAAUACAGUGGGAGAUUUCUGGAGGAUGGUUUGGCAAGAGCAUUGCCCAAUUAUUGUAAUGAUUACCAACCUUGAGGAGAAAAAUGAGAAAUGCGCAGAGUACUGGCCCGAAGAAAGUGUCGCCUGGGAAGACAUUGAGAUCACUGUCAACCAGGUUAUCCAGGCGGAUGACUACAGUUUAAGGAACUUCACUGUGAAGUUUGAGGGUGAGGAGCGCAGUCUAGCGCACUACUGGUACACAUCAUGGCCAGAUCAGAAAACUCCAGACAAAGCCCCACCUCUUUUACAACUAGUUCAAGAAGUAGAAGAAGCGAAGAAAAAGGCUGCACCUGAUAGCGGUCCCAUCAUUGUCCACUGCAGUGCAGGUAUUGGCCGCACUGGCUGCUUCAUUGCCACUACUAUCCUAUGUGAGCAGCUGAGACGUGAAGGAAUUGCGGACAUCCUGAGAACCACCAGCCAGCUGCGUUUGGACAGGGGGGGCAUGAUUCAGACGGCGGAGCAGUACCAGUUUGUGCAUCAUGUGCUCAGCCUGUAUGAGAGGCAGCUGAGUCAGAGACCAGAAGAAUAGAAUCUCCAGCAGCAAACCCUGACCUACUAUUGGUCUAUCAACACCUCACAUCUGCCAGCGCCAGACCUGAGCCAAACAUGAGUAAAUUUUUCUUGUGACAGACUGUAUUAUACUAUGAUCCAUUAAGUGUGUGGUUCUGCUCUGUUUUGUCUUUAGACUGAGCUAGACUUCAUAAGGCAUCGUGGAGGACCGAAGCAUAGUCUAAACGCAUAACUACACAUCCUACCAACAGCAACCCAGACCUAUCCCUAAAACCUACACCAAUAUUGACCAUGGCACGUUGCAUAAAAAGACAUAUUCCAGUUCUUACAAAUGCAACAUUAUUUUUAAUAUUGAUUGUCAGCAUGCAGCAUGGAUCCUAACUACCUGAAAAGGUAAGCAAUGCUAUAUCUAUUUUAAUAGCAUCUCCAAAACGGCUGUGAAGUGCCUUAAAACAGGAAACUGCCCCAAACACCUUUCACUGUCUCUUUUUUAAUUUAAGGUACAAUUAAGAUUUUGUUUUUUAAAUCUCCAAAGCCUGUAGCACAUGUUAAAAAAGUAUAUUGAAGAAAUGAUCUACCCUUUGGAACUGGAUGCAUAUAUGAAAUUAAAGACUGAAUACUCACUAGAAUUCAAAAACCUGGAAUCACUAUCAAGACAUAUUAAUUAUUAUGUUUUUUUAUUUAUUUAUUUGUGAAUAAUAUAAAAUAUUAUAUGGUUAAAAACCACACGCCACAAGAUAUACACAGAAAUGCCAAAUAUCAUGGAAUAGGGGCUACUAUUGUGUCCCUCAUGACUUUUGACUUUUGACUUUGACUCUGUGGAAAACGUUGUAUAUGUAUUAAUAUUUUAUAUUAAUAUCACGUCUGAUGAAUCGUAAGCAUCUAAAACUCGUUCUUAAUUUUAUGCUGAUUAUUAUUAUGCAUUCUUUCAUUUAUGAUUGAAUUCCUGCAGUUCAGAUUCAGGAAUAUUCAGGUGGUCAUGUAAACAGUGGUGAGCUAAAUAGGAGUUAUGUUUAAUAUUUAAUUAAGAAAUAUGAUAAAACAAGCAGGAUUUAACAGAUACAGUGUUUGGGAGUUCUCUCCACAUGCGCAAAAAACAAGAAGCCGGUAAAAAAGGCUUUUUCUUGCAACACUAGAACAAAACCAAUGACAAAUUGAAGCAUUAGCUUCUAGAUGCUGCAUGAUCACAUCAUUCUAAGUGUGUGUUUACUGCCUGGCUCAUGAACAAAGGUGUCAAGUAAUUAAUUACAAAUACUUUCUUACCUUUCUUGCGUAUUAAUUUUUAUCUAUAAUGGAGUAAUUAUUUUUUAGAUUAUUUUUUGACACGUUUUGAAUUUGUUAACUUCUUACAUUUUAAAAAAUAACCUUGUUACACCUAUUUUAUUUCUUCUUGUUUUUAUUCUGGCUUAAUUUGGUCAUCUUUAACAAAAAAAUGAAAAAAAUGAAUGCAUUGUACUAAAAUGCAUUUAUUUUCAAAGGGCAUACAUGCAGCUGAAAAAGGCAGCCUAGUGCAUCCCAGGUUUUUAAGAUUAACAUUUUAAUAUAACAUUAUAGUCAUUAUUGCUUUUUUAAAAAUGUGUUAUUGGGGGGUGGUGGUGCACUAUAAGACCCAGUGACACUGCCUACGAUUUUAUCCGUAAUGGCAUUCAUUCAUUUUUCAUUACAUUAUCUUCACUUUUAUACUUUAAGUAGUUUUGAAAUCAGUACUUUAACACUUUUAAUUGAUUAAAAAGCUUGAGUUGAUCCUUCAACUUCUACAGAAGUAUUUUACACAUAUGUAUAUUCUACUUGAGUAAUGAAUGUAAAUACUUUUGACACCUUUGCUCAUGAACACCUGGAGUAUCUGAUAGCUCAACCAUAUGUUAACAGUGAUUCCAGCUUUUUGAAUAGAAAAGCCCAUUUUUAAAUGUCCUCCAAAAAACAGAUGUUUUUUUUUUUUUUGCUCUGAAAACACACUGUUACAAUUAAUAACGAAAAGUCAGAAGUGCUGAACGUUCUCUUUUUAUAUUUAAUUGUUUAUUUAUUUAUUUAUUUGUUUGUUUGUUUGUUUGUUUUUGGGUAUCUAUAUAUCUGUAUUUAGUUAUCAUGUGUUUUGUGUCAUUAUUAGAUUACUGUGUAGUGAAACAUGGUGAACUCUAACAGAUGUGAAGACAUUCCCUAGUAAUCAGGCAGACGGUAUAGACCUACUAUAUACUGUAAUUCUGAAGUCAUUGUACUUUGUUCUUUGAUUGUUAUCAAUCAGACAUUGCCGUCACCAUGUUCCGCAUUCUGCCGCCAUGUUUCACAUGUGUUUCGCAGUAUUUUUUAAACUUAAGUGAAUGUCUGUGGACAGAAUCUACCUCUGUGAAUCAACACUUUUUAAUUCAUCUGUGGGAGGGGGUAAAUAAACCUCUGCGUGUCACAGUAUGACGAGGCUUUCAUCAGCAAGGUUUGAAAUAGUAAUAACAGCUUUGUAACACAUAAGGGUGAAUUUAUAGAGAAGCAAAGUCUGACAAACAAACAAACAAACCGGUUUCUUCGUUCUGUACAGAAACUGAAGCAAGAGACACUUAACUUAAAAUGAGCCAGACAACCAAGAAUGUCUUACCUGCUGUUUUUCUGUAGUGUCUUGUUAAGUGGAAUAUAGGCUACACAGUCCAGUCGAAAUAUUAGGACCACAUCUAUCUUCUAUUUAUCAGCUACACUAAGCAUAUAGAAUUUCUGUACUUUGUAGUUAUAUAGCUACAGCGUGUAGUCCUUUAUUUGUUUUUUUGAAUAUUUUAUAAUACCCUCCUUUCACGCCCUGCUCUACAGUAUUUGGAUGGUGGGCUAUUGAUUCUCAGCAAUGCAGUGACAUUGACAGGGUGGUGGUGUGUUUGUUAGAAUGUUUUGCACUGUGUGUAUAAGUGGAUCAGAUACAGCAGUGCUGCUGGAGUUUUUAAACACCUUAGUGGCAAUGCUUACACGCAAAGCUUUCCUCCAAUCUGAAUGAAUUUAUUCCGAUUCUAGAAUCUGACUGAGGUGUUUGUAUGUACACAUUCCCCAAUAUUCUGAGUAAACUGUCUGUUUAACAUGACACGUGUAACCAUGACAAUAACAGCAAGAAUCAUGUGGUUCCAGCCAGCAUGAGAGGAUCAACAACAACUGGCUAACUAGCUAUGUUUCCAGAGUUUUCUGUUGGUAUUUUUGUUUUUUUAACAGCGUUAAAAAUUAUGGCGGAUUCAGGACAACCUAAUUCACCAAAUUUUCUUGUUAAAGAAGGGGCGAGAUGAGGAGCUUAUGUCCUCCAUUCUGAAAAUUCUGACGCAAGUGAGCUGGAUGCCCCGCCCCCUGCCCAUGAUUAGGAACCAGUGGAUGAAAGUGAGGAAUAAUGUUCAGCUUUUUAAACUUCUGCCCAUGCUGCACAUGCGCAAUACAUAUUUAAACAUUCCAAUUGGGAAUCUAACCCUGGUUUUUAAUCACAGUUUUCAAGCAUCUUGGCAUGCUCUCCUCCACCAGUCUUACACACUGCUUUUGGAUACCUAUAUGCCUCUCCUGGUGCAAAAAUUCAAGCAGUUCAGCUUGGUUUGAUGGCUUGUGAUCAUCCAUCUUCCUCUUGAUUAUAUUCCAGAGGUUUCCAGAGGAUUUUUAAGUGGUCUCUUAUUUUUUUACAGAGCUGUACUUAGGCAACAGUGUCCUGUGGGCAGCGUCCUGCUACCACUGUUAAAGGACAAGAGGAUGACCAACAAAAACUAUACAGCAACACAUUUUGAGCUUCUGUCUCUGACUUAUUUAUUAUUUAUAUUUAUUAUUAUUGAGCAGCUACAGGAGUGUCUAAUAGAAUGAACAGUGAGUGACACAGUGUUUAAAAACUCCAGCAGCACUGCUGUAUCUGAUCCACUUGUAACACACAACACCAACAUAAUAACACACCACCACCAUGUCAGUCACCAAGAAAUUACCCACAACCCAAAUAAUAGUUGCUCUGUGGUGGUUCUGGUUAUGACAGGAGUCUACAGUCUGUAAUUAUAGAACUAUAAUGAUCAGUGAAGCUGAUAAGAUAUACUGUACAAUUAUGUUGAAACAAAGAGCUGGUCAUAAUAUUCUGUCUGGACUGUCUGUAAAGUCAGGUGCAAAUUAAUUUUGACAGUGACUCAAUAGUUGAUGGAUGAUUUGAAAUGAAGCAUUCAAGUUUGAUUUUAAUUGUAGACUUUCAGAUUUAAUGUAAGGUUUCUAAUAGAGUUAGUCAUAAGCCCUAUCCAGUCAGGAUUGGUUUGAGAUAAGAAGGAGAAGUAAUGUAAUUGUAUUUAAGGACAUUUGCAAAAUAUAUAUCUUAAGAAAUCUCAGUAUAUAUGACUGAGAUGGGAGUAGCUUGUUGAUUUAGGCACACUGAGUUGCAGCUACAUAUUUCUAACAGACUGUUCUACAUAAUGGCUAAUUUAAAGCUGUGUUUAGAGCAUUUUGGGUCUAAGUAGUCAUUUCACUUGUCUUGAUUUGGAUUUUGAGGUUUGCCACAGAUUUGAAUAACCCAACUAAAACAGUUAACAAAAAUAAAUGCCCCCUUGAGUGCCUCCAUACUUCAAAAAGGAAAAAAUUGUACUUUUUACAGGAUAUGAUGGUAUAAUUUCCCACAUGUGGAUUAGCACAUUUUAAUGAAUAUGGCAGAAGUUUAAAUAAAAACUUAAAGUAGAAAGCUUAACCAUUUUAUUGCUUCAUUUCAAAUCAAGUGAGGUGGUGUCCAAAGAAAAAAGGACAAAAUCCUGCCACUGUCCAAAUACUACUAUAUAUUUUUAUAUGAGGGCUAAGGAGUAAAUUAUAUAGAACAUAUUGGGACGCAACAUUCCCGCAUGUAAUUUAUUAGUAGGGGCUUAAAACUUAAAGAAUGGGGAAAAAACAGUUUCCCUGCUCUACCUACUCUACUCUAACUACACCUGGCUUUAACGGCUUAGUUGAAUCAGGUGUGUUAAACCAAAAUUUGCCAAGUGAAACCUUUAUUAGGGCCUAUUAGAUGAUUAUACAGUACCUGGAUUUCAGGAUUUCAGUGGCCAAUCAUUAUCUUCUAAUUCACAAUAGUCUUCUCAUUUAUAUAAUACUAUCUAAACUAACACCGCACAGACCGUUGUGCUGUUCAUGUUUUUAUUAAGGUUAAUGAGUAUGCUGAGUAAACAUAUACAGCUCUGAACAAAAAAAUAAGAGACCACUUCAGUUUCUCUGAUUUUAAACACAGUUUUUAUCAUGCAUCUUGGCAUGUUCUCCUCCACCAGUCUUACACACUGCUUUUGGAAAAAUUUUGCCACUCCUGGUGCAAAAAUUCAAGCAGUUCAGCUUGGUUUGAUGGCUUGUGAUCAUCCAUCUUCCUCUUGAUUAUAUUCCAGAGGUUUUCAAUUUGGUAAAAUCAAAUAAUCUUAUCAUGUUUAAGUGGUUAUUUUUUCCAGAGCUGUAUAGAAUAAGUAAGUACAUCUCUGAUUCAAUGACUAAUGGUAAAAGUAAGUAGGCGAGAGUGACCAUUACCUAAAACACACAAAGCUUGCCGUGUGUUGGGAAAAUUUUGGUUUAAAAAAGAGCAUAAAUAUGUAAAAUGCAAGCCAGAUGAUUCUGCCGGGAUAUGGUUGGGAGCCUCUAAUUGAAAAGAUGUAUUGGGCACAAUAUAUUGACUACAAGAGUUCCAAGAUCACUCCAACCAAUUUAAUUAGAAGCUGUAUUUCCCAAAAGAAAAGUUUUAAAGAGCGUUGUAACCUAAUUAUUAUUAUUAUUAUUAUUUAGUAUCUUUAAAAAAUGUUAUAUUAGAUUUAAGCAUCGUUUCAACAAAUAACUAGUGCCCACAAAGUUAUUUUCUUUCCAGUUUUUUCAAUAUAAUAAAGCUGGAAGUAAAUGAGAAAACAACUUAAGUCUAAACUAUUGGCCUAUGGAUGUCCAAGAGUCUCCUCUGUCCCUUAUUGCUGAUUUUGAAGUACAUUAUUUAUUCCAGUCAAUAUAACCAAAAGAUAGCAAGCUAGCUCAUCAGCUUUGUACCAAUAACUCAUCCAUCCAUUUAUACCAGCAAGUCUGUGUGUGUGUUUCCUGGCCACAGACUGCCGUGCAUUGAAUCUUACCAUCGCUUCAUAAAGGCAUCGCUUCAUGUAGGCAUUGCUUCAUAUAGGCUUAAUACAUUUAGGCUUUAUGUAGACAACUUUCCUCAGAGUUAAGCUGUGUUUAUAACUUUGUUUAUAACUUUUUCCGAACACAAUGACAAGUUUUUAUCAGCUCAGCUCUCAUUGGUUGACGGUCUUUCAGGCAUGACAUCUUUGAUGGAUGUUUAAUAGAAAAUGUACAGUAUAUUACAUAUAUUUUUUAUAUUUUACACUGCAUUCCCUGUGACCACAUCUACUGAAUGUACUUAAUUGUAGUGCUCUUACAACUUAUAACUCAUGCGAUCCUUGUGUGAAAUCCUUUUUCAUAUCUGCAACAUACAGUGUUGUUUGAAAGUUUGUGAACCCUUUCGAUUUUUUGUAUUUGUAUUUCUGCAUGAAUUUGACUAAAACUUCAUCAGCUUUUCACUCAAGUGCUAAAAGGUGCCAUUAGAGUGAGGUGUUUUCGAUCAAUGGGAAAAUAAUUAGGUGUGAGUGGGUGGAGCUCUGUUAUAUUUAUAAAACAGGCAUCUAUCACAUUCUGCUCUUCACAAUGUUAGUGUAUCAUGUCAUGAAAAAAGAGCUCAGAAAAGGUUUGUUGAUGCUCAUCAUAGUUUGGUCUCCACCAAUCCACAGACUGUGUACAAAUGGUGUGGGCAAAUAACAAACAUCACACCAAGAGCAAGAUGUGUGUUUUUCCUGAGCUCACCAAGAAACUCAAGGCAACUUCUGAGCAACUAAAAGCCUUUCCCACAUUGGGUUAUAUUAAUGUUUAUGAGUGCACCAUCAGAAGAAGACUGAAUGGACAAUGGUGUAAAUUCUUAUUCAUAAAUGCAAAUUCUAAAGGAAAAUGUUUUAGGAAACCAUGGGCCAUGCAGCAAGACAAUGACCCUAAGUACAUGUUCUCUUAAAGAAUGGUUAAAGAAGAAUUUAUUUAUUAGUUUUAGAUUGGCCAUGUCAAAGUCUUGACCUUUGUCCAAUAGAAAUGUUAUGGAAGGGCCUGAAACUCUAUAUUUCUGUCUCCUUGGUUUGAUUUGGUUCUCCUUAUCUACCUUUAUGACUUGUUUAAAAAAAUCUGAAGAAAACCUGGAUAUAUUAAUGCAGAAAAAUCACAGUACGUUCUAAAUGGUUCACAAAUCUUUAGGCACCUCUGUAUUUGGCGGCAUAUUUGCUCAUUAAUUUCCUGGAUAAUUGUUAUGUUUGCAGACAUUAGCAAAAGUCUAAAAAACUAAAUGUUGCCAAAGCAAAAACAUAUUUUUUUUAUUAAUUUCUGUAGUACGUUUUUUAAAGGCCCUCCCUUUCUGUUUUUUAAAUUAACUUGAAAUGAUGCUUUAUUAUUUUAGAUUUAAAAUCACAAAAUAAUUGUUGGAAAUUACAAUUUGUUGACAUUUGAUUUUAAGAUUCCUUUGUUAAGGUGACCUUUAACCUUUAACAUGGCAGAAAAAAAUCGGUACUGAAUGGAAAAUAAUUGUUUAUUUUUAACAGUGAAUCUGCAACUAAUGGUUGUUUGUGCACAUAAUUUAAAAUCAGCAAUCUGUGUGCAUUUAACAUAAUGUAGAACA